AUGGAUGUUGGGGCAGUAACACGGGGGCGUGGCGAAGAAGGCGGCGCACUCCUCUGGCGACUUCUGCCGGGGCAGCCCGGGGAUGCAGUUGUUCCUCACGUUGAGGACCCCCCGAUAGAUGAGGUUCCGGCAGGAGGGGCCAACCUCGGUGAAGUAGUUGUCGGAGAGGGAGAGGUUGAGCAGGCGGGGAAGCUGGCAGACGGAGUCCGGCACCGUCCCAUAGAGGCGAUUGUUGGCGAGAUUGAGCUGCUCCACCUUCUUCAGGCAGCCGAAGGAGAGCGGGAUGGGGCCGGUGAUGCGGUUCCUGCCGGCGUCGAAGACGGUGACUCGCCGGAGGAGGCCGAUCUCGUAGGGCAGGCAACCGGAGAGGCGAUUGUUGAGGAAGAGCACCUCUUCCAAGGUUUGAGCGGCGUUGCCGAUGCUGCUGGGGAUGGAGCCAGUGAAGCCGUUGUUGGCGAGGGUGAGGAAGGCGGCGCCUGUGCGGCCGACGUUCUUGGGUAUCGGCGUGUUGAAGGGGUUGUUGUUCAGGAAGAGGUAGUCGAGGUCGAGGGUGAAGACCGAGGGAGGCAGCCUCCCGUAGAAGCCGUUGUAGCGGAGGUCGAGGAAGACGACCUGCUUGAGGCCGAUGACAGUGUCGGGGAAGGGCCCCCCCAGCCUGUUGUUGCUGAUGUCGAAUUCGUAGAGGAAGCGGAGCCUGGAGAGAUCCGGCACGGUACCGGAGAAGUUGUUGGUGUUGGCGUGGAAGAAGGCGAUGUCGGGGAGUUCAUCGACGAAGCCGAAGAUAGUUGGUGCCGCCAGGGUGAACCCGUUGAAGUCCACGCCGGCGAUCGUCCGGUCCAUGGUCUGCGGCGGCGUGUCGCAGGUGAAGCCCGUGUAGGUGCAGAUGUUCGCCCCCGUCCAGGUCCUGGUUACCCCCAGCGGGUCAUCGGUGAUUCUCUCCUUGAAUCGCUGAAUCACCGCGUAGGCCUUUGCUUGUUUCUCGUUCUCGAAGCACAACCGCGGCGGGGGCGGCGGUGGGGGAGGCGGGGGAGGCGGCUCCUUCGGGGGUUCCGUAGGGGGGCAAGGCUCGUACGAGGGUUCAGGCGCGGGAGGUGGAGGUGGUGGCGGCGGGGGAGGCGGGGGAGGCGGCGGUGGCGGGGGAGGAGGCUCCUUCGGGGGUUCCUUAGGGGGACAAGGCUCGUACGAGGUUUCAGGCGGGGGAGAGGGCUCCGGGGAAGGGGGCUCGUUCUCCUGCUCGGGAGAGGGUCCCGGUGA